CUGGUCGUGCCUUUUGGACCUCUGGCGGGCACACGUGCUGCCCGGCGGGUAAUUUUUGUUGUUGCGGCUGCCUCCUGCCGGGUCGGGUCGCCAUGAGUUUGCCUCUGAAUCCAAAGCCCUUCCUCAACGGGCUGACUGGGAAGCCCGUGAUGGUGAAGCUGAAGUGGGGGAUGGAAUACAAAGGCUAUCUUGUCUCUGUCGACGGCUACAUGAACAUGCAGCUUGCAAAUACAGAAGAAUAUAUUGAUGGUGCAUUAUCUGGACAUCUUGGUGAAGUUCUGAUAAGGUGUAAUAAUGUCCUUUAUAUAAGGGGUGUGGAGGAGGAGGAAGAAGAUGGAGAAAUGAGAGAAUAAACUAUUGCUUUUGGAAACAUUUUUAAA